AAUAAAUGGCUCAAGUCAAUGGGAUUUCGAAAGAACAGUAUAUUCCCUUGCAGACUUAUAAAACAAGUUAAACACUGUAUGAUAGACUGGAUAGAAUUUGAUAAUGUCCAUAUCAAUCAAUAUGACUAUUACAGAACCUCCUCAAAUAUGAUGAAUGCAUUUGUAUUAAAAUACUUUAUUAGAUAAUUAUAAAAAUUGUAAACUAAAAGUAUAAUUAUCUCUUUCCUGUGUCGUUUGUUUUAUUUCACUUCAUAUUCUCUUCUCUAUUGUUCUCGUGUACCUGUAUUUCCAUUCCAUAUUCUUCUAUCUGUCGUUCUCGUGUACCUGUACUUCCAUUUCAUAUUCUUCUCUAUGUCAUUCUCGUGUACUGUAUUCCAUGUCAUAUGUUAUCCUUCAUUACCCUUCGUCUAAUUUUCUUGUUCUUUAUAUGUAAUUAAACGAAAUGAUUGUAUAUUUAAAAGUGUUAUGUCAUACAACAUUAUAAGACUUCUCUAUAAUCCUUUCUAUAUUGUGAACCAAUACUUAAAUGGCACAAUAAACAUCUAUAUAUCAAAAAAAAAAAAAAAAAAAAGGAAUAAAUGUUAAGAGUAAUCGAACGACUACUCAUAUCAAAAGUAAAGUUUUUUUUUCGAAGAAUAAUGAACGUGUUCUUAUUGGUAAUGAAUCUUUAAUUUAAAAACUAAAACGAAUAGUUUUUGUUAUUAGAAAAAGGUGUUAAAGGUAGUUUUGUUACCGUCAAUCGAUUGAAACGCUUUGGUUUUAUCAAGCGGUAAUUAUGAUCCUUUUUUUUGGUAUUUAAUUUUUUUUGUUUUCCAGUAAAGAUCAAACUGAAUGGCCUGAUCUUUCGCACGAGAAGCUUCAAUAAUUGAUCAAGUUCAUCCAUAGAAACUAUUCGUGGCUGAUACCUGCAGAUUUGACAUUAUGAAAAGUAAGUCAUUUAACUCUAGUCACAGUAUAAAUAAUAUCUCGUUGUUUUACGUAAAAAUUCGAUCAAUACACGGCAGUUACAAACAAUUAUUAGACGACAAAUGAUUAUAGAUUUAAUAAUAAUUGAUCAACAUAUAUAUAUAUAUAUCUGAUGAAAUUUAUUACUCUUUGUUCAUUACUUUUCAUAAUCAUCUGUUAUUAUUUGAUUAUUUAAUGAGUUUCAUGAGGAGAAAUUUUCAAGCAUGAUCUCUGAUGUUUAUUUAUUUUUUUCUGUAAAAAUAUUAAUCCGAAGAGUUCUUUCUAUGUAAAGAAAAUAGAUAUAAAAUGACAAUAUUUUAUAUUGACGACAUUAAGAGAAAAAGUUAGAUGAUAUAUCGAGACUUUUCAAAGGAUGCACCACAGGUAUCUAAUCGACUGUUUGUCUCGUAUGUUUUGACUUAGACUUGGAAAUAAGGAGAAAAAAGAUCUCAUAUAAAUAAACAUCUGAUAUAGCAUCAUCAUCUAGUUAGAACGGAAAACACAUCCUAGCACUUUCUUGUUUUUUAUUAUUGAUGAAUUCAAAAAAAAAAUUUUUUUUAUUUAAAGAAAUAAGGCAGAAGUAAAAUAAAGUAUUUUUUGACUUUUGUAUUUACCGACAACAAAAAUCGAAGAGAUUAGUUGAAAUAAAUUUCUAUCAGAAGAGAUACUUUUUAAAUUCUAAUUGGAAGGUUUCAGGAAAUCUAAUAUUCCAAAAAACUGUUUGAAUAUAUUCCAUAGGUAUUAAAAUCAUAAAUAUUGCAAAGCAAAGUUUUUUAGUUUCGUGAUGAUAUGAAUUUUGUAUUUUUUUUUGAUAUCAGUAAGGAGAAAAGUUAUUAAUAUUUGAUUCGUAUGAGUGCAAUUAAGAAAGGCCAUAUUUGAAUAACGCUUCAUUGUUCUAAAUAAUGAACAAAAUCAAUUCGACUUAAACACAUCAUAAGACAAUUGGAAGAGUUUUAUGCUUUGGUUAACGAUAAAAAUUUUCAAAUGACAAAUAGGAAACGAUGAAGAACUUAUUGACAAGAAACAUCUCAAAAAAAAAAAACUUUGCACAUAGGAAAUUUCCAAAAACAAAAUAUCUAUUUUUCUUCGUCCGGCGAUAGUGGCUCAAUCGAUCGGCUUAAAUCUCUAGUUUCGAUUAUACAGCAUUUCCACGGUACCAUAAAUGUCCAUCGCGGCUAAGAAUCUGCCAAAUUUCGAUUUUUGAAUAUAUGAACAUCGAGAUUCUGUACAAAUUUAUAUAUAUUUGAAAUUUCUUCCACAUUGCGAUGAUUUUUGACAAAAAUCUACCAUUGUCGCCAUGGAUAUCUCUAAUAUUCUUAUAUCAGGUUAGGAGCAAAUCAAAAAAUUUGAAAGUUUCAUAAUAAUGUCUCUAUGUGCAAAAAGUCAAUUUGAAAAUCAGUAUUCAUGAGAAGUACUACUAGAGCCCAUCGAACCCAAGUAGGACUCGAUGGACUUCUAAGUACCACUGCAUUAAGUUAAAAAGUAAUAUACAGUAUGUUUUCAAUAAUAGACAAAAGGCACAAUAGGGAUUAAUUAAUCGCAGGACUUUCCUUGUAAGCGUGUAUCCAACAUUAUAACAAGUCUAUUUUAAAAAUUUUUUCAUAGACAGCAUAAUGUUAUAUUUAGUGUUUUAUUCAAUUUGCAUGAUAAAUGAAAAUGUUUAGAUAUAUUUAUUUUUUUAUUUAUCAAAAAAGCAAAAAAAAAAUUAUUGUAUUUUUAACUUUACUUUAGAUUUAAUCGAAGCAAAAACAACUGGUUGUUUUGAUUUAUUAGAUGAAGAAAGUAAAUUACCAACACCUCAAGCUGAACAUUUUACAAUUGAAGUUCAUAAACGUAAUAAAGGUCAUCCAAGAUUUGAAUUUCCACGAAAAUCAAAAUUACGUUCAUCACGUGAAAUACGUGAUGAUGAAGGUUUUCUUAUACAACAUUUUGCUGGUGGUGUUGUUUAUACAACCGCACAAUUUAUUGAAAAAAAUAAUGAUGCUUUACAUGCAUCUCUUCUUAUUCUUAUUCAAGAAUGUAAAAAUAAUUUUAUAAAAAAUUUAUUUCCAAAAUU